AACCUUAACCGGUUCCACAGGAAACCUUCUCUGAAUCUAUAUACGUAAAAUUAUGCACAAGACGAGAGAGAGGCCAAUUUUGUGAUUAAAUAUUCUACAUGGACUUUGAGCUUUUCUCCAUCAAUAAAAUCAUGUUUUAUUAGUGAGAAAAGGAGAGUUCGUGUCGAAGAUACCAUUUUUUGUAGAAUCUGUAUUUUAUUUUCAAGAAUAGAAGGAAGUAUGUCAUGAGAUAUACCCUUGGCAUGUCAGAUCCGUUUUUAUUUUUUUUGUAUGCGUAUGCGUAAUACGGGCUUUGAAGGAAUGUGGUGUUUGACUUUAAAGCUAAAAGGAGCAUGUUCUUUUGCCUGAGGUCAAUAUCAGAUUGUGAUUCUGUAGAAAAUGGUGUUUGGUAGGUGUGCAUGAAUGAAUAUGAUCGAUCUAAGAGGAAAAUUUUGAUCUACCUGCAAGUUGAUCGAGAGUUUGGGACAGUUUUUUUUUUUUUUUGCCAUUAUUCGUGUUAUCUGAUUCUAAUUGUGGUGGUGGUAGAUCUUUUUUUUAUGGAUUUAUUUACCGUUGGUUGGUUGCAUAUCAAUGGCGGUGGAAUUUGAUUCUUCACUCUUCAUAUUUUAAUGGAAUUCAAGAACUUGUUUCACAGGUUACUGUAAAUCAUAUGGAGAUUUCGGAAAAUCUUGAUUUUGAACCGGAGGAAAGGAAAUAGAUUAGGUAGUAAGUACUAGUGUGUUUGAUUGGGGAUAAAUGGAGGAAGAGGCUAAUUCUUGGAUAAGGAGAACAAAAUUCUCUCAUACUGUUUGUCAUAGGUUGGAUGCUUGGAGAUUGGCCUCUUUUCCUUUAACUAUUCAGCCAGAUAGGAUUCCGGUUGCCAAAUCGAAACCCAGAACUUCUAACCUGAAUAAAAAACCCGAGGCUAUGGUGGCACAGAUUCAGCAAAGCCCAACCACAAACAAGAACCGGUCUGUAUCCCCACACCCUGAAACAAAGCUUUCUGAUGCCUUUAAAGAGGCCCGAUCUAGUCAGAAGAGAUUCUUAACUCCACUUCCCCAAAGAAGAGGAGCAGAGAAGGGAAUUGUUGGCAAAUUGUUCCGUAAAGAUUCCUGCAAUAUCAAGGCACCUAAUUCGAAUUCACCUGUUUCAAAGUCGCCAACAAACAUUAGUCCUCUUAGGCACUUUGCAUCGAUAAAAUUUCAUGAGAAGACUAGGAGUCAUAAGGACUCAGCAUGGAUAAAGUAUUUUGAUCAUAGUGGGGGAAGGGUCACAUCUGUAGAAACUGUGGACGAGUUUACGGUUAAUCUUUCUAAGUUGUUUCUUGGGCUAAGAUUUGCUCAUGGAGCACACAGUCAGCUUUACCAUGGGAUUUACAAGGAACAACCUGUUGCAGUGAAAAUAAUCAGAGUGCCAGAUGAUGACGAAAAUGGAGACCUGGGUGGUCGUUUAGAAAAGCAAUUCACCAGGGAGGCUACCCUUUUGUCUAGUCUCCACCAUGAAAAUGUUAUAAAGUUCGUGGCAGCCUGCAGAAAGCCACCAGUGUUUUGCACUUUUGGAGCAAGUCCUUUAGUCGAGGGACCUGCAAUCAUUGCCUCUGUAUUGAUAUGUAUAUCACCAGGUGCACAGUUUUGCAUAUUAAACCUUUUAGAACACGUCGUAUAUGAGCUUUCUGAGAAAAACUUGUCAAUGCUUGAUUAUAUGUUACAGGAUCAACAAUAUGCCCAGUAUUAA